UCAACUUGUCAAGGGAAGCAAGCAGAUGGGACUAAUUCAAAAUGAUUCACACGUCUCCAGCAAGCAUAGAAGGGCAACCGUCUAUGAAUCAAAUGGGGCCGUAAAGAGCAUGGAACAUCUGUUAACAGAAGAGAGCUGUUCUUGUGAAUUCUUGACUUGUUCCUUUAACGUUGCUACAAAGCCGAAAGAGCGGAAAAAGAGUAAACAGCCCACAGCCAGGACCAAGAAGAAGGUACAGCAGGAUGACUCUGAUGGGAAGGAAAGGCUUAAGACAAACUGUUUACACGGAGAGCAGGCAGUAACACUGAGUGAAAUUCAGAAUGUUGCCUCUCACCACCAGGAACAACAAGCAGAGCAAUUAGUUAAUGUCAACAGAGCCAUGAUCUCAGAACCGUCUCUGAAUUCUGCUAUUUCUAGGAGAACUUACAUUGUCUGUCUAAAUGAAGGUAAUGGUUUUAUUGGUUCCCAAGAAAAUUUGGAAGCAACUGACAUGCCAGUUGCUAACAGUGACUGUAGUGAUUUAGAGAAAUAUUCGUCUCUGACUAGGAAUGAAGCAUUCCAGGAUGUUGGUCUAUCUAAUCGCACCAUUCUUCCAAACACUGCUGGCUCGAAUUCAAGUGUUAUGUCUCACAGAAGACAAAAAUUGAGAAGUCAAGACACUUGUGUUUCUAAGUCUCAGAGAGGUUCAGCAGUAAAUAGAAAAGGAAAUGUGUUCCCUGACGAUGUACAAACAUAUGUACCAGUUAAUGGUGAGCAGGCUACAGCACCUAUUCUCAGUGGGGGUCAUGUUUCCACUGAAGAGCUCAGGCAAGAUGGAGGAUUUGUAGAAAAUGCAGAGCAGGACACAGGGGUACCAAGGGAAGCCUCGAAGAAGCUGAUAAUAGAGGAGAGGCCUUCUUGGGAGGACUUUGAUACCUCCUUUAUGCCCUGCUCUGAUUGGCCUGUCCAUAUGGAGAGUCGUGCCUCCAGCUCUUGCCAAAAACCAGCAUCUCCCAAGGUGCCUCUCAAAAGUGAGCCAGUGGCACAUAAAGCAUCAGAAGGUAAAGCUUUGAAGAGUCUUACCAACACAAACUGGGAAGUGAUGUCAGACUCUGGUAGGUCAAGAAGAAAUAGGGGAACUGUUUCUUACAAGGAGCCUUCUAUCAACUGCAAAAUGAGACGUGGGGAUAAAUUCACUGACACAAAGUUUCUGAGCUCUCCAAUAUUUAAAGACAAAAAGAAGUUGAAGAAACGCAUCCCUCAACAGAAAGCUGAUGACUCUCUGAUAGCUGACCUUUGCAUUGGUUACAUGGAUUGA